AUGAAGUUCAGGGGCCAGGGUCAGGCGGGCGCAGCUGAUCUGGAGGGGAAGGACCUGAAGGCCGAGCUUGAGGCUAAGGAGCGGGAGCACAUCCGCAAGACCAAGGGCGUCAAUUUUGAGGAGGUGCGCAAGCAGGACCUGGAGCUGCUUGAGGCGGCCAGCGGCCCCGACGACGCCGGCGGCGGCGGCGGGGCUCGCACCCUCGUCCCGCGCGCGCAGGACGCGGACGAUGCAGAUGCGGACGACGGCGACGACAGCAGCAGCAGCGAUGACGACGACGACGACGAGGAUGACGAGGCCGAGCUGAUGGCAGAGCUGGAGCGCAUCCGCGCAGAGCGCGCCGCAGAGGCCGAGCGGCGCGCGGCGGAGGAGGAGGCGCGGCGCGAGAAGGAGAAGGAGGAGGCGCUUCGCACCGGCAACCCGCUGCUGGCGAUGGCGGGCGGCGCGGGCGGCGCCGGCGGGAGCGUGGACUUUGGGGUCAAGCGCAGGUGGGACGAGGAUGUCGUUUUCAAGAACACGACGCGCGGCGAGGUCAAGGCCCCGCGACGCUUCAUCAACGACACCGUCAGAUCUGACUUUCACAAGAGCACGAUCUGCAGCGGCGGCCUGCUGAUCAACGGCUUUUUCGACAAGGGCCACCUUGACAAGCUGCAGAACGCGUUUGUGAUGUCUCUGCUCUCCAGCGACACCUACCCGGCCACCAUCCUGCCCGGCCAGACAAACGCCAAGUACAACACCCUCCGAUACGAGUCCGCCGUCCGCACGCGCUGGGAGGCCCUCGGCGCGCGCGGCGUCGCUUUUGUGGACGACCACGAGGACCACCUCGAGGCCCACGCAGUGGUGGUCGCGACCCCGACAGACGUCUUCAUCGCGUUCAGGGGCACGUCCACGACGGAGGGGUGGAGCUCCAACGUGAAGGUCCGGCCCGCGAAAAUCACGGCCGGGCGCGACGGCCGCGGGCCGGUGCUGCAGGUUCACGGUGGCUUCAUGAGGUCCUUCGCGGCGAUCUACGCUGACGUGGCGCUGGCCGUCGCCAGGGCGUUGGACGAGGUCGUGGACGCGCCGUCCGAGGCGCGCGUGUUCAUAUCUGGCCACUCCAUGGGCGGCGCGCAUGCGAUGCUGGCGGCGUUGGCGCUUGCAGACAAUGGCGCACGCAUCGGCGGUGUGUGGACGUUUUCUGCGCCCAAGACUGGAAACGACGCGUUCGUGCAGGAGUACAUGCGCCGGUUUGGGAGCGUGACCUUCCGUUGGAUCAACGGCCUGGACAUAGUGCCCACCCUGCCGCCAGACAUCCCGCGUGUUGAGUCGUACCGGCAGCUGCCUGCCAACACCACUCUGUGGCGGACCAUCGGCGGCCAGUGUGUCAAGGCGACUGGGGAGCUGCUGCUCGGCUGCCCGCCAGGCUAUGGCCGAUCCAAGGAGAAAGAAACGCCAAAGGGGCGGAAGGGCAGCAAGCAGCCACUCAAGGAGCAGGAGCAGGAGCGGCUGCAAAGGGAACGCCUCAGACAGCAGCAGGAAGUCGAGGAAAGGCAAAAGAGGGAGCAGGCGGAGCAGCAGCAGCAGCAGCAGCAGCAGCAGCAGCAGCAGCAGCAGCAGCAGCAGCAGCAGCAGCAGCAGCAGCAGCAGCAGCAGCAGCAGGAGGGCCAAAACCCUGGCGGGCAGGCGGCAUCCAGCGCCGCCAAGUACAAGAAAGCCAAGCCUAAGAAGCAAACGUGGAAGCCGCGGGAGGAGCGCUGCACCUACACCAUUGCAGACCACCGGCUGUACAAGGCGCUUGCAGCGCUGGGCGGCUGCGUGUCCAAGCAGGCGGAGGCUGCGAAUAACGCGUGCUCCGUUGCAGUG